AUGCAAGCUCAACAUGGACAUAGCGCAGCUUGCUGCAACAUCCCACCUAUUGUAUCCAAGGGAUAUGAACAAAAGGGAAAAUAUGAGACCAUUGGUGGUCUAAAAACUUACGUUACUGGCCCAGCAGAUGCAACAAAGGCCAUAUUCCUUAUCUAUGAUAUUUUCGGCUACUAUCCCCAAACCAUUCAAGGCGCCGAUAUCCUCGCCAAUGCCGACGAACACAACAAAUACCUCGUUUUCAUGCCAGACCUCUUUGAGGGAAACCCAGCUGAUAUUAGCUGGUAUCCACCUGACAAUGAAGAGAAGCAACAGAAGUUAGGUAAUUUCUUCCAGACGACGGGAGCUCCACCAAAGGCUGCCGGAAGAGUUCCGGACUUAGUCAAGGCUAUGGCAGAGAAAUAUUCGUCAAUUUCAAAGUGGGCUGUUCUUGGGUUCUGUUGGGGCGGUAAAAUUGUCUCCCUUACUACCUCUGCUUCUUCCAACCCUUUCGUGGUAGCUGCCGAGUGUCAUCCCGCUAUGGUUGAUUCCAAGGAUGCAAGUAACAUCAAGAUUCCUACUAUUCUGCUAGCAUCGAAAGAUGAAGAUGCAGAGGAAGUGAAGAAGUUUGAGGCAAAUCUCACUGGGGAGAAAUAUGUUGAGACUUUCAAGGAUCAAAUUCAUGGAUGGAUGGCUGCACGAUCGGAUCUUGAGGACGAGAGAGUCAAGAGCGAGUAUGAGAGAGGAUAUAAGACGCUCAUUGAGUUCUUCGAAAAACAUCUCGAGUAG